UUGACUCAGGCUCGUUCGCAACGUUCCGUUAUCUGGCAUGGGGCGGAUGGAUUCAGACGGAGGGAGGUGUUUAUGAGGCGCUGGGGGCGGCAGAGGAGAAUUAGUCCGAGCGCAGCCACCGAGUGUGGAGGUUGUUUGAUAGGAACUCGGGCGCUAGUAACGCUAACAGCAUGGCUGAUCAGCUGACAGAAGAGCAGAUUGCAGAAUUCAAAGAAGCCUUUUCACUAUUUGACAAGGAUGGAGAUGGUACUAUAACAACAAAGGAAUUGGGAACUGUAAUGAGGUCACUUGGGCAGAACCCCACAGAAGCUGAAUUACAGGAUAUGAUUAAUGAAGUAGAUGCUGAUGGUAAUGGCACAAUUGACUUUCCAGAAUUUCUGACUAUGAUGGCAAGGAAAAUGAAAGACACAGACAGUGAAGAAGAAAUUAGAGAAGCAUUCCGUGUGUUUGACAAGGAUGGCAAUGGUUAUAUUAGUGCAGCAGAACUUCGCCAUGUGAUGACAAACCUUGGAGAAAAGUUAACAGACGAAGAGGUUGAUGAAAUGAUCAGGGAAGCAGAUAUUGAUGGUGAUGGUCAAGUAAACUAUGAAGAGUUUGUACAAAUGAUGACAGCAAAGUGAAGACAUUGUACAGAAUGUGUUAAAUUUCUUGUACAAAAUUGUUUAUUUGCCUUUUCUUUGUUUGUAACUUAUCUGUAAAAGGUUUUCCCCCCUACUGUCAAAAAGAAUAUGCAUGUGUAGUAAUUAGGACUUCAUUCCUCCAUGUUUUUCUUCCCCUUAUCUACUGUCAUUGUCCUGAAACUUUAUUUUGGAAAAUUGAUCAAGUAAAAUAUGUUGCAUGUGGCUUACUCUGGAUAUAUCUAAGCCCUUCUGCACAUCUAAACUUAGAUGGAGUUGGUCAAAUGAGGGAACAUCUGGGUUAUGCCUUUCUUUUUUUUUAAAAGAAGUAGUUUUCUUUAGGAGCUGUCAGCAUGUUGUUGUUGAAGUGUGGAGUUGUAACUCUGCGUGGACUAUGGACAGUCAACAAUAUGUACUUAAAGUUGCACUAUUGCAAAACGGGUGUAUUAUCCAGGUACUCGUACACUAUUUUUUUGUACUGCUGGUCCUGUACCAGAAAACAUUUUCUUCUAUUGUUACUUGCUUUUUAAACUUUGUUUAGCCACUUAUUUAAAAAAAAAAUCUGCUUAUGGCACAAUUUGCCUCAAAUCCAUUCCAAGUUGUAUAUUUGUUUUCCAAUAAAAAAAAUAAUUACAAUUUAUCCAUUGUUUCUUUGUAUCUUUGAGUUAUUUAAAUUAUGUAAAUACUUUUUAUCUUCAGAAUUAAGAAUGUUGGGGAAUAAGGCAAGUCAAGGUUAAUUUAUUAAUGUAAAAAAUUUGGAGAUUAUUUCCUUGGAUUCGUGCUAUUAUUUUAAUCCCUUUUAAGAAUAUUACUUUUGACUUAUAUCCUCUCUUUCGUGUUGAAUAAAGCUUAUAUGUCAUGAAUAGUAUGUAGUAGAAAACCGUCUUCAAAUUUGACAAGUUAAGUUUUCUUGAGUUAGAUUUAAUCGUUUGCAAGAUUUUAUCUUUAGAAAAUUUAGCCCUUUAAGUGUAGAAAUGAUCAAUUCUUGAUAACUUGCUUGUGACCUGAGCCCUUUGGGGCAAAAAAAUUAAAAAUAUCUUUGUCCCCUGUGAUUUAAUUUCAGGAGAGCAAAGGACAUCUUGGCAUCUCCUGGUUCCAGAAUUGAUGCUUUACAGUUUCCUAAAGUUAUACACAGUAUUAAGUGCUUAUUGUGUGCAAAAGUAAAGAAAAUCAUUGUCUUAAUCAAAGAACUUGUCUUAGGUUAGUAGAUAAAUAUAAAAACUAUUUUAUUAAGGUAGGUAAUGGAAAUUGAUUAUACUUUUGAAAUUCAGUCAAAUUUCAGUCAGCAUUUAAGUGCCUACUCUGUGCCAGGCACUGUGCUAUAAUAUAAAAAAGACUGGGAAGGAAAUGGGGUGAAGGGACAGAAGGUUUAGUUAGUCCCUGCCUUCAGUUCAAGGAGCUCACAAAUCUAAUAAUGGAUACAUUUUUGUGCUAAAGGGUCAUUACUUCAUAGGCCUUGAAGAAAUUUUAAAUAGAAACUUCCCAGGGGUGAAGCAUUUGUCCCACUUGUUUGUUUCCCCGUUUCAUAGUACAAAAGUAAAAUCGAAUGACAUCUUAAAAGAAUUGUUUUUCUAAAAGGAAGUAUUUAAAUGACCAAUGAGCAUACUUUGAAACAUCAAAAUGCAAUAUUAAUACAAAAAGCACUUUAUAUAACUUAAAGCACUUUAAUUCUGUUAUUGGUUUAGAAUCAGAAUUAUGAAGUAAUAGAAAUUUGUUGUAAUAUGUGGACUUAGUAUCUUCUGUUUUAUGAAACUUAAUUGUGCUUCUACCAUAUUUCUAAACCAGAGGUUCCUAGACCACAGUUGAAUGUAAUGUAGAAUAGAAGAUGGGAGAGGAAAAAGGGAAAAUGCUACAUAUGAAAAACAGAAAAACAUUUCCACAUAACAAAGCUAGAGCAGAAAAACUGAGUGAUGUUAAGCUUGCUUUUUUUUAAAAGUAUAAAAUAAAUGUUAAUUCUUUGAAUUUGUCCUGCUUGUCUGUAAUAGGAAAACAUUGGAUUAAAAUAAGGGUUCAGAUCUUUUAGUUUUACCUAGACUGUCCACCAGACUGUCCUCUUUAUUUUCCCUGAUUUUCCAGAUUUAAAGUGUAUAAUUGAUUGUUCAUGACAAUGUACUUAAAGACCCACUUUCUGCUUAAUUUGAAACAUUCUUUAUUGUCAGUAUUGAACAACCUCCACUGUUUUGUGUGCCAUUUAUCCUUGUGUUUGUAUUCAACCGAUAUUUAUUUCAAUUUUGGAAUAGCCCUUCUCCCAAGUCAGUCCUUUUACUAUUAACUUUGGUGUGUGCCGAAUAAAACUGUGUAACUUGUUCUAGCUAAAAGGAAGCAUGAAAUUAGGUCCAAUCCCUACACUUAAUGUUAAGAACUAAGUACCUGGUAUGGGUAAUGCCUCCAUUAAAGUCCUCUGGUACCUCA